UUUCUCAGAAUUAGAGAAAAGACAGAAGAUUUUGGAAGAGAGAGGUGAGAUAGUGGAAGGAUGAGAUACAUUUGUUCUGCUUUCCUUGAGCUGGUGUUGAGCUUGAUCAGUCGUAUUGUCAUCGGCUGCAGCACGACAUGUAUUUCCUUACAAGCACUAGCCGACUGAAUGAGCAAGUGGUUGAUAAAAUUAUUCUUCAACUUAACAGAGUCUACCCCCAAAUUCUUACCAAUGAAGAAGCAGAAAAGUUCAGGAAUCCAAAGGCAUCACUCCAUACCAGACUCUCAGAUCUGUUAAAGCACCUUCAAAAGAAAGGAGACAGACACUGUCAGGAGUUUUACAGGGCUCUGCAGAUCAAUGCUGAACAGCUGUUUAAUGACCUGCCAAGUAGGAAAAUCUUGAAAACCUCAGAUCCCACAGAGAUAGACACUGACAAGGAGCAAUAUAUGCUAAAUGACAGGGGCCCAGUGUUUUUCCUGGCCUGUUUCAGCGUGGCUGCAGGACUUGCCCUGUUUUGGUAUUGCUGUAACUCAGAUACAAAAGUCGUAGGAAGAGCCAGGAGAAUCUUGGGCUUUUCUCCUAUUAUCAUAGGAAGACAUGUUAGAAAUAUUUGUAUGUUGUAUUUGGAAGACAUAUCAAGAGAAUAAGGAAGAGCUGCCUCUUCGCCUGUCUGUGCGGUAACCUGCCAAGGGAAGCCAACGGUGCAUAAAUAUUAAUCUCCUGUACUCAUACCAAAGAUUUUAUUAACUAGCUUCAUCAAUAAUUGCCUUGCCUCCAGAUGUAUUCAGAAUUUCAGCUAUAAAUGUCCUUCCCUCUGGGAACGGACCAUUUAUUUUUGUAAAUGCUUAUUUUGAAAUAUUUGUCGUUUGGAUGAAAAAGGUAUUUUUUAAUACAAGCUUUAAAACGAUCUCCUAAGUGAGGGCCUGAAGCCAUGUUUGCAUAUGUGUUUUAUACUGGAACGAAGGAUCACGACUGUUUGAAGAAUGCUAGCCUGUCUUUUGUGGUAAUUAAUUUAAGAAAAGUACUUCAAACAAACACAUGCACUCAAAGCCUUAUUAAGAAAUGGAUCUCCGUUUCAGAACUGUUUUGUCUAGAUCCUUUUUACUCCCUGCCCCUGAGCUUGGGUGUGAAAAGUUUAUGGGUGCCAGUUCUCUUUGUGUCUGCCUUGUACUCAGUGUGUCUUUGGAUUCCCCACUGGUGCCUCAUCCCAACCUGUUCCUGGUCAAACCCUGCUGGCCCUGGUUUGAAUGCCCUGGAGCUGGUGCUGACUGGUUCCAGGCCCACAGAGGGUCCCAGGGACUGGAAUGUCUGACCUGAAGCACUUCAGACUACCAAGAUGUUUAAGGAUUAUUUAGUUCUCCCUUUCCCAGUGAAGUGCUUUGCAUUCUGUGUGGCUAAGAAACGGAACUAAUCCAAGAUACUUUGCAGUGACUUAAGUGUCAUGACAUGGGGCUUUUUUAUGGCCAGAAAUACUUGAAGAGCCUGGGGUUGUUCAUAUGUCAUGUGAUGAUGUUCUGUUUUUUUCUUUUCUGUGAGUUGAAACCUGAGAAACUUGCAGAAACCAUUGUAAGAUAAAAUUCCUGAGGGAGAGGCAGGGAGUUGGGCUGCAAGUGAAGCAGCUGGGGGUUUCUCAGCUUGCUCCUGCCUCAGUCAGUGCCAAGGGCUGUGGAGAGUUCUUCAGUUACUGCUCAAGAGCAUCACGAGCUUGGGGAGACCAUGGUCCUGUACCUGGUGAGAAAGACACUUUUGCGGCUCUUCAUUCAGUCAGGAAAUUUCCAGAUCAAAUCAAAUGUCAUCUGAAUAAACAGAUACAGCACAAGUUACCAAGUACUGGAGGAUCUCAUGUGAAAUUUUCAGUCAUUUCAAGUGUUUUUUUGAAAACAGACUGAAAAUUGUCUUUCAGCUUUAAACCUUAUUCAUGCUAUUAAAAUGUCAUCAUCAGGGACUUUUUAUAUGGGUAGGUAGUGACAGGACAAGGGGAAAUGGUUUUAAACAGGCAGAGGGCAGGGUUAGAUAUGGGGAAGAAAUUCUUGGCUGUGAGGGUAGGGAGGCCCUGGCAAAGGUUGCCCAGAGAAGCUGUGGCUGCCCCAUCCCUGGAAGUGUUCCAGGCCAGGUUGGACAGGGCUUGGAGCAGCCUGGGCUAGUGGAAGGUGAUCUGUGAUCUCCCCCAAAGCAAAUCUUCUUGUAAUGACUGUGUUUCAUUCCAGUACAGCACUCUCUUGAUAGAGCAGCAAGGAUAUAGUCCAGGGGAAGAGUUGGGUACAAGGCCAAAUCUCCCAGCUCCCUGAUGUCCCUGUGCCAGUAGAGUGUUCUGUGUCCACAGGCAGACAUGCCCCAGGAUCAGCAGUGGGCCAGGGGAUGCUAUAAACUUAUAAAAUCCUGGUUGCUGCAAACAUGGAACAAGGCAAAUGCCAUGGAACAAAAUAACACCCAGCAGAGCAGGUUUUUUGACUCCUUCCCCCUGCCCCCACCCCACCAGCUCAUGUGUCUCGAUCCCAUCUCAGGGAGGACUCUUAUUAGGGAGAAAACAUCAUAUUUCCUACAGAAUUGGGCAGCCACGAGGCUCUGCUGCCCCUGUUACACAACAACUGCUGCUGUGCUGCCUCCCAGCUUGGGGAGGGCUUUAAUCGUGGUCUCUUGUUUUCUCCCUGCCUUGCCUUGGCUUUAAGGUGAAAACAGGUAGUAUUUUUCUCCAGCAAAGCAGAUCUAGUUUAUAACAUUUAAAAUCAUCCCUCUCUCCACUGCUGCUUACCUCAUCUAGCUGCCCCUUCUUGAGGGACUAGAACUACCUCUGAAAGCUGAAGGGGUUUUAAAUCUUUGCUUUGAAGCAAAAUUUGAAACCUCAUUAGAGGAGCAGUAUACUGUUGUACACACAAAAAUCAUUUUUCCAAAUAAUACAAUCACACCUUAUUUUGAAGCAGAAGCAGAGGCCUUACUGCUCCCUGGCAGAUUUUUUCUUUUUAGCUUACCCCCCAUGGAAUAAUGGGUUACAAAUCAUUGUGAGCUGCUCCUGAGACUUGCAGAAGUUAUCAGUGCCUUUCUGAGUCUGAAGAUGAGAAUUUGCUGGACUGCCUUCUUGGGUC